GCCUGCAGAUAUGGAAGCUUGGCACUUGUAAAGCUGCUACUGGAAGCGGGCGCAAACCUUCACGCACGGGACUGGGAAGGAAGGACGCCCCUUCGUCUUGCCUGCGCGAACGACGACCUCAAGACUGCUACUUUCUUGAUUGAAGCAGGCGCCGACGUCCAAUCGACCGACAACAACGGGAAAACCCCGCUUUUCUACACUGUGCUGCGACGCGAAAUGGCUUGUUUGGAUGUUUUGCUCUCCCACGGCGCCGACAUCAACCACAGAGACAACCGUGGGCAGACACCUGUUUUUGAAGGCAGUGGGAACAGAGACAAUUUCAAAAGGUUUCUGGACAAGAAACCCGAUCUCACAAUUUCCGAUUACAGCGGCCAAACGCCUCUUUUUGAAAUGAGCGCCUGGUCUAGCACAUCCCCACUCAACGCGAAGUUGAUGAUCGGGGCAGGCGUGAAUGUCGCGCAUAGAAACAACAAGGGUCAAACCUUCCUUCAUGUUGUGUGUUCAAAGGAAACAUAUAAUAUUUCUGACGCGUUUUUGGAUUUUGUUCAAUGGGUAUUUGAACAGGGCUUCGACAUCAACGCUCGCGACGACACUGGUCGAACCCCGCUGCUAGAAGCGGUACGAGCAGGAGAAGGAACGCUGGUUUCCGUCCUAUUGCAACACGGUGCCGACCCUGAUGCAGCAGAUAACCAAGGUUGGACGCCGCUGUCCACAGUCAUCGACCGCGACAUCUCAGCGUACCAACGCUCUAAUUCCUUGGAGCUUGUAAGGCUCCUCCUGGAGAACGGGGCCGAUCCAAGAAAGCCAGGCCCAAACGGCGAGGGUCUGUUGGACAUGGCUGUUCGGCUGGGCAGAGACGUACUGCUAGGGCCUCUAGGGGCAGCUAUAGAGAAACGACGCCUCACCCAAUGACACGGUCCAAGGAAUCUAUGUACUGUAGACUGUCUCGUAGUUAGAUAAUAUUCUGCGUUUGCAUCUGUUAUAAUGCCAGGCAUACACAGCGAUGUGGAUGGACCGGAACUGACC